AUGACCACAGCGUGCCUGGCCCCGUUACCCUGUGUGAUGGUGACGGUUGUGCCUCCUUUCUUGGGACAUGCCCACUUCUCCUCCCGCCAUUGUGGGAGUGAAGCGCCUCUGGUUGCCCUGGAGGUCGAGGAGGCGUGUACCGAGUCAUCGUGCUGCAGAUACGGCUUCAUCCGCAAGCUGAUCGUCCACCUCGGCAUUCAAGUCUCUCAGCAGGCGCCCAAGGACCUAGCUAUCAGUGAUCCUGAGAUGACCUGUGUCGGCCCCGAUCACCUGCUGCCACAAACCUCCGAUAACAUCGAGCAAGGCGGCGACAGCCUCGAGCUGGAGGCCUGA